GAUUUGAACUUUGAAGAUUAUGAACACCGAUCUAGGGUUUUGAGGACCGUUGGAAUCGGCAGUGACGGAUUCCAUUCCCGAUUCCGUAGUUUAAUUUACACGGAAUUCGCCUAAAAAUUCUUCGCAAGGAUUCAAGAAACGUCGUCGACAAUUUCGAAGUUCUGAUUACGCGGUCGUUUUGGAACUUGAUUUUGAAUCCCCUGUAGCCUUUACUCAUAGUUCAUAGUAAAUUUUGUUGGGAAGAAUGGCUAUUGAUGCCGUCGAAGCCUCAUCUUCAUCUCCAUCUCCUUCUCCUUUGUCUUCUCAUUCCAGUCAACCACUCCACUAUUACGUUGCCGUUGACAGACCACAAUUCAAAAUGGUGACAAUGGUGGAUCUGCUGCGAGUGGCGCGGAAACGUUCUUCUUUACCCACAGUACUGUGUUGCACCUCACGCGACGAGCUUGAUGCUGUCUGUUCUGCUGUCUCUAACCUUCCUAACAUUUCCUUGGAUUCUCUGUACAGUGAUUUGGCUGAAGCUGAACGCAUGUUGAUAUUGGACAAAUUCCGUCAAGCAACCAUGAAAUUGAACCACAACCCUGCUGCUAAUGCUAAAGUAAACCAUGAAACUGGAAAUGAAGAGCAUGAGUUGUUUAUGAUGGUUGUAACAGAUGCAUGCCUACCUCAUGUUUCUUCGGGGGAGUCAUCUAUAUGUGCUCGUGUUUUGAUAAAUCACGAGUUACCGGCAAAAAAGGAAACAUACUUGAGGCGGAUGGCAACUUGUUUGGCCGCAGAUGGGAUUGUGAUCAAUAUGGUUGCUGGGGCUGGUGAAGUAAUGACCCUGAAAAGCAUCGAGGAGAGCAUGGGUCUGGUUAUAGAGCAGAUGCCCAUAGAUAUCUUUGAGAUGUUAUGAGGGCAGAUGGCUGCAACAGCAAGAGGACUUCAGGGUUUUCAUGAAUUUGUUGUGUGGGGCUAAAAUGGGUUGCUGUUGUGUCGCUUUGUACUCCAUCCUUUUGAAGGUAAGAGUCCUGGUAUGGUUGUGCUUACCAUUUCCAAGAGGUGAAAUGUUGAUGUAGAAGGUGUUCCUCCACACAGUAACUGAAGUAGAGGUGUUUUGUUGUUUUCUAAUCAAAUUGUAAACGACACUUGGUGUUUGUGUCUUUGAUAAUUUAAAAAUUUGCUUGGAAUGUUGAGCGGGCCCUCCAGCCGUUGGAUGCUCACUACAUCUCACCGUUCGCUGUUGAGGAUCCGAACUCGGUUCACAAUUUUAGGGAUGAAAUAUUUCCUUUAAAUGUAUUUGGUUCCUGGAGCUACCAAAGUAAAGGCACUCAAUUCUUUUAUUGACA